AUGGUAAACAUCUUCCAACGCCUCACCAGACGAGGAACAAGCUCCAACACGCCCGAAAGCGGAACAAGCGCUCCAGGUCCCGAUCCAGAUAUGCCCUCUCAUUCACACGAUUUACACAGAACAACCAGCAUUGCUUCAGUAAAGCGUGCUCGUCGACAUGAUCAUACAACCGAUGACCCGGUGCCGCGCCGUCUGAUUCUGAUAUCCGAUACACCGGAAUUCGACCCGGAGAUCAUCCGUCGUUUUCGAGCAGAAUCAUUUGAGGUAGAAUAUUUGCCUUUUGUAUGUACCGGCGACACCGAGAGGGAUCGAAAGGGUUUGGAGAAUAAAGUGCAUCUGAAAGAAGAUGACUUGGAGAAUGGAGAGCGAUAUGCUAUAAUUGCAUACAACCGGCCCGCAUAUUAUUUUCUAAUAUCCCACCACCUCACCACAAGCAACACAAACCCAUUUCCACGCCUAUGUGCCCUAAUAGCAUACUACCCACUCUCAUCAACAGCCAUACAUGCACCCAGCACCCCCAAAAACGCCCACACGCAAAGUCAAUGCGGGAUUCCAGCUUGCUCGGACACAGAGUCCAUCUUCCAGCCCGCCCCAUCAGCGACCUUCCUGCCAAUCCAGAUCCACAUCCCAGGUGACGUGGAAAGCACAAGUGCGUGCACAUUUUGGCCGUGGAUCACCGUAUCCGCCGAAGGAGACGUGACGUACAAAAAGCGACAUCGCUGCCACGUAUUCACGUACCCGGAUUCCCGAGUCGGGUUUGCAGAGCGGCAUCACCGGCCAGGGAAAGAGAAUGAACAUGCACUUGAGGCCAGUGACAAGGACGUGAGCUUGAAUCUGUCCUGGAGCCGGACAAUGGGCUGUUUGAGACGCGCGUUUGGAGCUGGGAGUAAUUGGCCUGUUGUUGCUAUUGAGACGAUAUGGGACGAGUAUUGGCAGCAUUUACUUGCCGAGGUGGAUGGGUCUGGCGUGCGUGGUGGAGUGGAUUCGUCGAGAUCUGCGAUUGAGAUUAUGAGUGGACGGGGCGAGAGUCAAGAUGAAGAAGGGCUAUCUGUGGAGUGUAUUCCCUCGAAGGCAGGGGGUUCUGAUCCCCAGACUCUUCGAUCCUUUUUCAAGCAUGCAUUUAUUCCUGCUGGACCGGCAAGUCAGCAUAUUCGUCUUCGGUCGAGAACAGUAGGCACCGAUCAAAUCGUGGACGAGAUACGGUUUUCUUUCUGUCAUUCUGCGGAGGUGCCUUGGUUGUUACCUGGCGUUGAGCCGACAGGCCGUGACAUCUCGGUGGAUAUUGUUGUUGUGGCUUGUUUCCGUGCGGAUCGCAUCGUGCGACAGGUUCUGUAUUGGGAUCAGGCAAAUGUACUUGUACAGGCUGGGGCUCUGGAUGCAGGACUUUUGCCAAAGAUGAACUCUUUGAGUGAAUAA